CUUUAUCAUUUUAUUUCAAUGGCUGAGAUUUGCUCUGUCCCUUCAACUGCCUUUAACUGUCAAAUCGCCCGUUUUCCUCGAUUUUUGACUAUUUAACUUUCUUUUCUUAAAACAUCAAAACACUUUCGCUCUUUUCUUCAAACUUUUCUCUCUCUUUCUCAAAUCUUCUCCUUUGUUCCUGCGAGUUAUUUUUUCGGCGUUGUUUCUGUUGCUGACUGCGGUGCUUGCGGAAGUGUUGUACCUCGGUUCUGGGCUGCUAAAUUUCCGUUGUGCGAGAAGGUAUAGUCUUUUUUGUUUUUGUUUCUUCCUUCGUAUAGGUUUAUAUUUGGGUGCAAUGUCGAGUGAGCGAGAUAGUGAUAAUGUGUUGAGUGGGGCUGGGUAUGACGAUGUUGACCCUGCGUCUACCUCUGAGGAUGUCAAUUUUGAGGAUGAUGAUAAGCCGUCUGCCUCUGACUAUUUUGAGCCGUCUUACGAGGAUGCUGCAAAGGAAUUACAGGCUCACAUGCGCAAACAGGAUGCCGUCAGGGGUGCCCAUCUAGAGGACGUGGCUGGUGGGAGCCGUCAGAUGGAUGAAGGGGAGGUUAGCAGUCAUGCUAACGAUGUUGCGGGAUCCGAUAACUCCGCCGGUAGCGUUGGGGGAGAUGAUGAGGAUGCAGGGGAUUCAAUUUUGGAGUCUGAUGAUGAUAUUGGCCGGUUGUGGGAUGAUGGUGAAGACGUGACCUCUCUGUGUGAGCAGGUUUUGAGAGAAGGGGAUCUGGAUGUGGAACCAGAUUCCGAUACGGAGGAGAUGAGCUACAGGGUUGAGAGUCCUCCUCCUGCUGGUAGUGCCGUUUACAAAGCUAAAAUAAUCAAAUCUUUCCGUGAUAGGGCUAUCAAAGACGACCAUCCGCGCUGGGCCAAAGAGUAUUUGAAACUGCCCAAAGGGUACCGUCUCGUGAUUCCUGCUGAGGGGAGUGUGAUUUUGGAUUGUCGUCCUGAUCAUAUCGGCGUGUAUGCCCAUCAUCUAGAUUUCGGCCUCCGAUUUCCUCUUCAUCCUUUUAUAGAGAAGGUAUUCCGGGCUUGGAAUGUAUGUUUGGCGCAGGUAACGCCUCAGGUAGUGAGGAAUGUUGUGGCUUUUACCUGGCUGCUAUCUUUUAAACAAUGGCCCCAAACCAUUAAUCUGUUUAGGCGGCUGAUUUGGUUGAAAAAGUACAAGAAGAAGUCUGGAUGGUGGUCUUUUUACACCAAGGCAAGCAAAAUGACAGUCAACCCCAAGCUGUCUAGCUGUAAAGAUUGGGAAAAGAAGUUCUACUGGUUGAGAGUGCCUUCUGACCCCAUUCGGACUCGCUUUCAUCUCCCCCGUCCUCAUAUGAACCAUUACCCCAUUCGGGAGUUGGGUUUCAGGGAGAAAAGGGCCCACCAGUUUGUGUCCUGUUUGCAUGUUGACACCGGUUUGCAGAAGUCUGUGACCGUUCCUAAGUACUGGUUGCCUCCUGCUAAGUAUAUUUUGGGAAAUGGGCCGCUGUCUGCAGUUGGCUUGUGCCACACCCAUACUCUUGGUCUGCAUACUCUCAACUUUGCUAUUCUCGGUUUGGGCAAAGACGGUCGUCCUACUACCAACAACCCUCCCAAUCCGAAAGGUGUGUUUUCUACUCUGUCGACCUACGCAACCCAAGCCAACAAAAAGCGUGGUUCGACUCGGGAGGAGGUUGCGAGUGAGUCUCCUGCUAAGAAGACAAAAAGAUUAAGCUCCAUACCAGCUCCCAAACCACUUUCCAUCCGUGCGCCUACUGGAGUUGUUUUCAAAACGACUCAUACUGCUCCUGACAACCCUGCUCCAAGACCUGUCUUCAAGACCGUCCAUACUGCUCCUGACAUGGCUGGAGGUUUUAAAAGUUUGGAUUGCGGUCGUGGUGCUGCCCUUACUGGCAGGCGUCCUCGCGAUCGUAACCAACCCUUCACUCGGGUGAAUCGGUCUCGAGUGGACGGUACUACGCAGCCUGCCCCUGAUAAGUCUCAGCAGAAGUCUCCUGAGAAAGGUUUUGAAUCAGCUGCCGAUGUGAACAUCGCAGGCCAAGGGGGUGAUGCUGUUGCGGAUGUUGAGCCGAUAGCCCAACCAGACUUGAUGGUUGUGGAUCUUAUGACUCCAACCCGUCAGAACCAAGAGCAAGAGGUAAAUGAUACUGAUGUUGCUGGUAUGGGCCAGAAGACUCCUCCUCUCAUGCCUCCUACUCUUCAUACUUCUUCUGGGUAUGUUCGCCCUAGCUAGAGUGCUGGUACCAGCUCUGGUCUGAACAUGGGUGUCUUUGUCCGUCCUGGGGAGUGGAUUGAGAAGACUCCGAUUUGCC